AUGGCAUGCACUAAGACAUCUGCACGCAAAAAUGCAUAUCUCUAUUCACCAUCAUCAACCUCCAUAAGUCGUCUACCUUCUCCACUAGCAACUUCUUUUGAUACCACUUUCUCAAAUUGCCUUUCAUCUUCCCCAAAAUCGAACCCUAAUCCCAUUAACCCAAAUCCUAUGUCCAUUGUCCUUCCACCUCUCUACACAUGUCCUCCUCCAAACCUCGCUCAAGUUCCUCCACAUUUACGAACACCUACCCUCAAUCCUACAACAACAAAAAGACGUUCUAUGUGUGUCCAGGAAGGAAUUGGAACUUCAAAAGCUCCAAACACCAAACCAUCGCUCUUCAUCAUCUCUAAUUCUAAAACUGAUGAAUCAUCUGAAACGCCUCCUCACACAACUCCAACAAAACCCAUCACCCCCCCAUCCAUACAUCAACAAUACUCUUCUGAUCCAUUACCCACAGUGGCUACCUCUUUUUCCAUUCUUCCAUCUGUUUGCACUUCUCCUAUUCCUUUGACCACAACUUUUGCUACCAUUACUCUUCCUUCCACUCAUCUUCCUACUCCUUCUCCCAAGGUUGAACCAUCAAACACUGACAUCAUGGCUUCCCUUCAAACCAUCAUGGCACGCCAGCUUCAGUAG